CAAUCCCCCACCGCUGAAGCGGGGGAGCCUCCGCGCGGCGGGGGAGGCCUGCAGCCCGAGGCGCAGAGCGGAGCGUGGGCUUCCAGCUGACCGUGCAGGAGCUGGAGGUUUGGUGGAAGUAGUGGCUUAAGGACCCCACGAAACAAUUAAAAAGGGAAAGAGCCUUGAAUCGAUGUUAUUGCGGGCCUCUCUCUCUUUCCUAUGGCCAACGCACCCAGCGUGGGGCUGGCAGCUGCGGACCCCCAAGUACUGGCCUUAGCUGCUCAGGUCACUGAGAGCAGAGAGCAGGACAUCCCUCCGCUACUUCUGAAGUUAAAGGGAAUUUUAAAUAGUUCUUCCUUGGGAUGUGAAGAAUCAAAAAAAAUUAAGCAAGAUAUAUACGAUUAUGACCUUACUCAGUACUGCAUGCUGGUCCUUAGACAAGACCACUCUCGACUGCGUGGAGGCUGGGCUACUGCUGCCCAGCUAGCAGAGAUACUAAGUCAUUGUUGUGUAGGACUAGAGGUGAAAGAAGAUCCUGAGGAAUUUUACAAGAAAUUUCUUCCUUCAGCUGUAGACAGCUUGCUGUUUUUGGGAAGACGCUUGCAAGCACGAUUUAUCCGAGCAAUCAAGGAUGAAGAAAAACAAGAUUUUUUACGCUGGUUCCAAACAGUAACUGAUGCCAUCUGCUGGCUGUUUGGCGGGCAUAUUCAACUAGCAGCGUGCGUACUGCAAAAUGAUCACUUCCUGCAGUUGUUAAUAACAGAUGAUGUUGAAACAGCAAUUACAAUGAUGGCUGUUUUACACAGUAUUUUGAGGGUCAAUAGUUCUGUCUUGCUUCAGGUUGAUGAAGAGACCCUUCACUCUGUUUUGGAUGAACUUGUUUAUAAGCUUUCAUCUACCACCAAUCCUGUCAUAGGAAAUGCUGCUACAAAACUGCUAUUGUUGAUGGCAAAAUCUUGCAAGCAGCUUGUGAAGUUACUCACAGCUCGCUACAAAGGAUUAAAAGGGCUUUUAAGUAAACAGUGGGCUGGCAAAGGAUUUGACAGGGAUCUCAGUCAACUCUUGGACCUGCUGUACUUGGAACAAUCCAAUGGAAAAGGAGAAAUGCAGAGGCAGCAUCAAGCAGCUUGUAUAAUCCAGGCUAUGUGGAGGGGAUUUCAGACAAGGAAAAGGCUGAAAAAACUACCCCAAGCAGUGACCACUUUACAGAGAAGCUUCAGAGCUAAACAGGAACAGGAGCUGCAGCAUUUAAAAAAACAGAAGGAAGAUGAGGCUCUAAAACUGCAAAUGCAACUUCAGAGGCAGAGGGCCAUGAGAGUCUUCCAUGAACGACAGCUGGCCUUACUGGAAAUAAUCCAUGCCAGUCAGGUAAAUAAGUACAUGGAGGAAAUGGAGGGGAAAUCAGCAUUAACUAUCCAGAGAUUCUGGCGAGGGUAUAGAGCAAGAAGAAAUUUUCAUCAACAGAGACAAUCUCUUAAAGAGUAUAAAGCAGCUGUUGUCAUUCAGAGAGCGGCUUGUAAAUUCUUGGAAAAACGAAGGAGGAGGAGACCUCUCUCUCCUUGGAAAGAUCCCAAGGGACUGACUGAUGAGCAGAGACUAGCUUUGCAGCAGAAGGUGGAUGACUACAUCAAAUUGCAUCCGGCUUCCCAAAUGUCAGAAGAAAUGAGUAAAGAAUUACAUAUGCAGGCCCAGGAAAAGCUGGCACAGUUCCUGUUGAGGAGCAGACUGGAUCAGAGAGCAGCACAGCGGAGAGAGACGUUGCUGGCUCAGGUCAACACCGAUGUGGAGCUGCUAAUGAAUGCUCCAGGGUUAGCGGAGACCACAGAAAAAGAUCUUGAUGUCUUUAUGAGUCGAUCAGUCCCUGUAGCUACCAAGGCAAGACAAUCCCACAACACUAUGCUGAAAUACACUCACUGGCCAUGGUGGAAGAAGCUUGGAGAUGAGUUUGUGGAGGAUGAUGUCAUUCCUGAUGAUGCCCUAAAUGCAGAACUGGGAAGUCUGUUUAUUGGUGGAAGGAAAUCCUUUUAGGUAACAGGCGGAAGAAUUUCUUACUCAGCCAGACUCAUACCUUGCACUAUGCAUUCACUUGCAUGUGUUUUUAAGGACAGAAAACACUUGAAUUGUAAGACAAAGCACUGAAAAAGACCAAAGCCUCAUUUUAGUGCAUUUUACUUAUCUUCUUAAGAAUCUCUUCCUGUACAUCAGCAGUUAGAUCCUAUUGAUUGUGCUGUUGCAAAUAGGAUUUAAAUACUGUAGUUGUAAAUAAGGAUAUUUUGUCAUUUGCAUCACUUUAAAAGUAAGUUCAUAACCUUUGGCUUUUCAGUUCUUAUUCACACUUGGAUGUGUAAAGAAUCAUGCCAUUGUAAAAGCCUGGGCUUUUAUAGCAAACCAUUUUGUCAGGUGAAUGUGCUUUGAGAUAAAGAUGGGUUCAGAACACACCAAGGCAUCAGUAAGAAGUCAAGCAAGCUCUAGGCAGGCUGGGUGCUUACAGCACGGUAGAGCAGCUAACUCCAGUCAGCAGAAGCAAGCUUGGCCUGAGCAAGCUCCAUUAGCCUCUUGAUAGCAACAAGGAAAAAAGCAAAGGGAGGAGAAAAAAAAAAAGGCUAAUAUUCUUGGCUUAUAUGUGUUUUCCUUUAAAAGCAUGCAGUACUUUCCACAGCCAAUGCAGUGCAUUGUAACAGGGGUGCACUCCAAACUGUUAUAUGGGAUUGUAGCCUCAGUGUGACCAUCUGGACCAUCUUAAACCAUGCAGAUGCUGUUUAAUCCAGAAAGGUCUCCAGCACAUGGCCUCUACAGUCACUGUGACCCGAUCCGCGGUGAAAACCUACAGUCAAGGGCCGAAGGCUGCUGCUUACUGAUGUGCCCAGAAAGCAAGGAAAACUCAAGGCUGCAGCUAGUGCUGCAGGUGCCUGUGCUGUUUUUUAGGUGAGAGGCCUAGAGAGUCUUAAGAAUUAGAUUUUACCUCACUACAGAGGAGGAAACAAUGCAGUGAUUUCUGCCAGUUGUAUGUGGGCAGCAAUACUGGUUCAGCAUGUUUGUUUUCCAUUCCCUCUAGAAGGUUUUGAGUUUUAAUUUUAGUGGGGAUGAAUGGAAAACAAAUAAAUAGAAAUAGUGGGCAGCAGCCCAAGCCCAUUCAGAUGCAGCUGAUACAUUGAAAUUAAUAACUGGACAGCUGCCAAGAGGAAGAGCUGUGUUGUAGGUUAAUUUUUUUUAACAGAGCUGUGAUUCGGAAGGCACUGAAUUGGCUCUCAGGUCCUUUCUUGGAGAGUUAACUGGUGGAACAAUCCGUUAAGUAUUUGCCAGAGCACUUACAUGUGUCUGUUGAGUUACAUACUGUUCUGCACAGCCCUGCUAUUAGUUUUAGACCGUGGCCAUAACGAGACAGGUGUCCUACAACCACCAGAGUGGAGGGGCUGGGGGGCAGUCACCAAGCACUCCAGGGGAUGGAAGCUUCCCCCCGCCCCCCCACCAGCAGCUUCCAGGCUCUGGCACUGGAAAAUGCCCAGCAUCUCUGGAUGAACUGCAGCAGGCCAGCUGUUCCCUCGCAAAUACAUGAGUCCUCUGUCCACAUCACAGUCCCCUCUGCCAUGCAGCCACUGACCCAACCUAUUUUGAGACAGCAGCCUCUGCUGUUACGUUCGUUCCUAAUCACCUUCAUUAUAACAGCUCUUAGCGCAGGGGGAUGUUCACAAAGGUGCUUUGCUUAAUGUAUUUUACGUAAAGAGAUGAGCCCCCCUGACCAGUGUUAAAUACCAAGUGAUUUAUAGAGCCAUCUUACCAAAAAGCCAUUUAUUGUAAUGGCCUCUGCCACUCAGUGCCGUUGGAGUGGAUAAUGAACUCCCCCUUUGGAAUAUGCAAUUUGCUGGAUAAUGGGGUUUUUAAGUGAACAGAGAGCCUGGUGGAAGGUGCAGUC